CCAACUGUCAAACCACCGCCAUCGUCGACUCCAACCGCCUCUCUGCAAGCCUAUUUAAAGACCUCAACUCCUUUCUCUCUCUCGCCACCGCUUUUGUGAUCUUGUCUCGCUACAGACAAGAAGCUUGAAGCAUCUCCAGGUUUUGGUAGAGGCUGAAGGAAGCGGCAUGGAUCCCAGACUCGUGGACGUCUCCAAGAGCUUGAUGGGCCCCAUCGGCGAUGAGAGGGAAUGUGGCGCUUGCCACGAUCGGUUCGCUUCUUGGAGUUUGCUACGGCGACUCGUCGAGUGCCAAGAGGACAGCAAGCGCCUCCAGGAUCAUAUAUCUCAACUCACAAGAUCGCGCCAGGAAGAUCGCAAGGAUGAUGUAAGAAAACUUCAGAAGGAGAAAAAGGAGUGCGAUAAGGGGUUUGGCGAAUGCACAGCUGAGAAGGGAUUGAUAGCCUGGUGGUACGAGAGGCUGCAUGGGGAGAAUUCGGCCCUUCUUCAGAAGGUGAAUACUUUGGAGGCUGAGAUCGAUUCCUUGAAGCACGACAAUGAAAACCUGGCAAGAAGUCUAGAAGCUGACAAGGAGAAGAAUCAAUCGGAUAAAGACUAUAAUACCGCCUGGCAGUUUUAUGUUUUGUCCAAAAACCAAAUAGAGCAGUCUUCUGGAGAAGUGAAAUUGAUGAUGAACCAAGCACUCAAUGACUGAAGCUACUGAAACCUCUUCUUCUUCUUCUUCUUCUUCUUGUGUGUUUUUUGGUCAGCUACUCUGCAUUUUGGUUGCAUUGCCAUUGUUCAGGGCAGUAUCAGAAAGUUGUCUCGAGUGAAUGUUGAAUUGUUCUUCAAUUUGCCAUAACAGCAACUGCCAAACUGAAAUUGAAGUUUCAACAUCCUCGUUCAUGCAACUCAU